AUGUCAUCACUGGCCUCUCCUUCCAUUCUUCAUACCCAUCAUUCUUCACCCAUUCUUCCAACCCAUCAUUCAGUAUCAUUCUUCCAACCCAUCAUCCAGUAUCAUUCUUCCAACCCAUCAUUCAGUAUCAUUCUUGGAACCCAUCAUCCAGUAUCAUUCUUCCAACCCGUCAUCCAGUAUCAUUCUUCCAACCCGUCAUCCAGUAUCAUUCUUCCAACCCGUCAUCCAGUAUCAUUCUUCCAACCCAUCAUUCAGUAUCAUUCUUGGAACCCAUCAUCCAGUAUCAUUCUUCCAACCCGUCAUCCAGUAUCAUUCUUCCAACCCGUCAUCCAGUAUCAUUCUUCCAACCCAUCAUCCAGUAUCAUUCUUCCAACCCAUCAUCCAGUAUCAUUCUUCCAACCCGUCAUCCAGUAUAAUUCUUCCAACCCAUCAUCAAGUAUCAUUCUUCCAACCCAUCAUCCAGUAUCAUUCUUCCAACCCAUCAUCCAGUAUCAUUCUUCCAACCCGUCAUCCAGUAUCAUUCUUCCAACCCGUCAUCCAGUAUCAUUCUUCCAACCCAUCAUCCAGUAUCAUUCUUCCAACCCGUCAUCCAGUAUCAUUCUUCCAACCCGUCAUCCAGUAUCAUUCUUCCAACCCGUCAUCCAGUAUCAUUCUUCCAACCCAUCAUCCAGUAUCAUUCCUCCAACCCAUCGUCCAGUAUCAUUCUUCCAACCCAUCAUCCAGUAUCAUUCUUCCAACCCAUCAUCCAGUAUCAUUCUUCCAACCUAUCAUUCUUCACCCAUUCUUCCAACCCAUCAUUCAUCACCCAUUCUUCCAACCCAUCAUUCAGUAUCAUUCUUCCAACCCGUCAUCCAGUAUCAUUCUUCCAACCCAACAUUCUUCACCCAUUCUUCCAACCCAUCAUUCAGUAUCAUUCUUCCAACCCAUCAUCCAGUAUCAUUCUUCCAACCCAUCAUCCAGUAUCAUUCUUCCAACCCAUCAUCCAGUAUCAUUCUUCCAACCCAUCAUCCAGUAUCAUUCUUCCAACCCAUCAUCCAGUAUCAUUCUUCCAACCCAUCAUUCUUCACCCAUUCUUCCAACCCAUCAUUCAGUAUUAUUCUUCCAACCCAUCAUCCAGUAUCAUUCUUCCAACCCAUCACCCAGUAUCAUUCUUCCAACCCAUCAUCCAGUAUCAUUCUUCCAACCCAUCAUCCAGUAUCAUUCUUCCAACCCAUCAUCCAGUAUCAUUCUUCCAACCCAUCAUUCUUCACCCAUUCUUCCAACCCAUCAUCCAGAAUCAUUCUUCACUUCCAGCCUACAGCUUAUUCAGCAUUUUCAUCAUAUAAUGGAAAAUGA